GGGAUGAUUGCUGAUCGAUGAGACUGGUUAUGGAAUUACAGCCAAAAGAGGGGAACAUGCCCAUGAGGAGCUGAAGUAAUGAGAUCAGCUCAUGUGCAGGAAGGAGCGAGUUGGAUUAUGGCACUGCAAGAUCAUGAGGGAUGGUGACGAUGUGGGGAGAGCUUCUUCCAGGAGUGGAUUGAUCAUGGCUGACUGAUGAUGAUGAAAUUAAAUUUCAAAGCUGCAGUGAGCCAUUGUGAUGGUAUAGAGGAAGCAGCAUGCAAACACUCGUCCUUGCAUCUGUCCACCACCUUCCCGCUCGCUGCUGACAGCAUGUCGUUUUCUCCUCAACAGCAGUUCAGCGAUCAGCCCAUGGCUCAAGCGCAGCUGCUUCCAGACAUGACAAUCCUGCAGCGAAGAAUCCCUCUUAAGUUCCGUGACCCAACCACAGCACCUCUGAGAAAACUGUCCGUCGACCUUAUAAAGACAUACAAACACAUUAAUGAGGUAUACUAUGCAAAGAAAAAACGGCGAGCCCAGCAGCAGCAAGGGGAAGACUCGAGCCAUAAGAAAGAGCGCAAGGUGUACAACGAUGGCUACGAUGAUGACAACUACGAUUACAUCGUGAAGAAUGGGGAGAAGUGGAUGGACCGCUAUGAGAUAGAUUCUCUCAUUGGCAAAGGCUCAUUUGGACAGGUUGUAAAAGCGUAUGAUCACCAGGAACAGGAAUGGGUAGCAAUCAAGAUCAUUAAAAACAAGAAGGCCUUUUUGAACCAAGCGCAGAUCGAGGUGCGACUGCUGGAACUGAUGAACAAGCACGACACGGACAUGAAGUACUACAUAGUGCACCUGAAACGCCACUUCAUGUUCCGGAACCACCUGUGUCUGGUGUUUGAGCUCUUGUCAUAUAAUCUUUAUGACCUGCUGCGAAACACCAACUUCCGUGGAGUGUCACUCAACCUGACGCGCAAGUUCGCACAGCAGAUGUGCACAGCGCUACUCUUCCUGGCCACACCUGAACUGAGCAUCAUUCACUGUGACCUGAAGCCAGAGAACAUCCUCCUGUGCAACCCCAAACGCAGUGCCAUCAAGAUUGUCGACUUUGGCUCUUCGUGUCAGCUUGGACAAAGGAUUUACCAGUAUAUUCAAAGUCGGUUUUACCGCUCUCCUGAAGUCCUGCUGGGAAUCCCCUAUGAUCUCGCCAUUGACAUGUGGUCACUGGGCUGCAUUCUGGUGGAGAUGCACACGGGGGAGCCGCUCUUCAGUGGCUCCAAUGAGGUUGACCAGAUGAAUAAGAUUGUGGAGGUUCUGGGCCUGCCACCUACACACAUGUUGGAACAGGCACCCAAAGCCCGGAAGUAUUUUGAAAGGCUCUCGGAUGGGUCCUGGACUGUCAAGAAAACUAAAGACAGCAAAAGGGAGUACAAGACAGCUGGGUCUCGCAAAUUACACGACAUCAUUGGCGUGGAGAGCGGUGGUCCUGGAGGCCGGAGGAUGGGAGAGGCUGGGCACACAGUUGCUGAUUACCUGAAGUUUAAAGAUCUGAUCCUGCGCAUGUUGGACUACGAUCCCAAAACACGAAUAACUCCUUUUUAUGCCCUGCAACACAACUUCUUUAAAAAAACCACUGAUGAAGGAACAAACACAAGUAACAGUGUGUCCACAAGCCCUGCCAUUGAUCAGAGCCAGGGCACUGGGACUGGAACUUCAAACUCUUCAUCGAGUUCUGGUGGGUCAAGUGGCUCCUCUCACAGUGACCGGGCUCGAUCAGACCCAGCGCAGCACCGACACAACGGAAGCAGGCAUUACAACAACGUGGCCCCCACGACGGAAUAUGACGCCCACAACUCCCAGGCGUAUCACCAAUCCCACAUGGCGUGGACCACAGGGGAUUCAUCCACACAGACAAUGUUGUCUCCAGAAAGCGGCACAACAAACUACAAUCACCUCGUGUCUCAGCAGGCCGCUCAUUCUCAUGGCCACCACCGUUCCCAGCACCACCACUCCCACGGCCAUACGUCUCGCCAAACAGGGCAUUUUACUCAUGCAAACAACUCCGCAUUGCAUACGAACAAUCCACCGGCUCAUCUGAACAAUCCUCACUCCAAUCCACAGCCAUCCUACUCGCACAGCCAGUUAGUAAUACAGUCCAACACUCAGCCAGGACAUUCAAAUUUCCAACCUACAGGACAGCCAAUCGCUCACCAAGCAUCGCAGAGCAAUGCCAGGCACCGGGCCUUCAGGCAGCAGGUGUCUGAUCCUUCUCCGAAUGUUCUGCUGGGACCGGACCCGUUAGACUGCACCCAGGCUGGUUCGCUCGGCCUGCCUCUUACCUCAGGCCUCCGAACACGAACAGUACUCACAGGAGUGGCUGGGGGCUUCCUCACAGGGACUAGCAGCAGCAGUGCAGCCACUGCCUUGGGAUACCCCUACCCUGCUGCAGGACCAGGACUCUACACAGGAGAGGGCCGCUCUGCUCACUACACGUCCGAUGGACCUCUGGGCUCCAGGCCGGCUCACUACGGGGCAGAUGGACCGCUCAGCUCACGGCCAACUCACUAUGGAGCAGAUGGGCCGUUGGGCUCGCGCUCAGCCCCUGACAGGGAAGACUCCCCCAUGAUGGGCGUGUGUGUUCAGCAAAGUCCUGUGGCAAGCUCCUGAUGACCAUUAUGAAGAAUGCUUUGGAAUGGUGUAUGGGAAUACGAAGAGAGGCUCUGCUGCAAUUCCCAAAGUCAGCGUGUGGGAAUUAAUGCUUAUGAAAUAAAAAGCACCUUGAGUUUUGGUCUCAGGGACAUAAUAAUGAACUGGUUUGUUGGUAUGGACCGGGUUUUAGCACCUUCCUGAAAACACGGCUUCUCUUCCCCAUACUCCCAGCCGGAGGCCAGAGGGAACACUGAAGGGGCAUGUUGAUCGAGGGCACACUUAUGCAGCAUACGGUGGUCUGAGUGGCUAAACAAAUCAAAUGUGCAAAGACCCUUCAGUUCUGCUCCUGCAUGUGGUAGAAAUCCUUCAUUGUUGGCAGUCGACACUUGUGUGAACAUGCGCACACCUGUUUGAUUGUAUCAGCUUUCCUAUUGUAAAGCAUUGCUCGUCACUUGAGUUUGCUACUUUACAGAAAAAAAGUAUACCUUGACAAAAUUGUGGUACCCAAAGCAGAACAUCCUUUUUGUGCUGUGAUGGACAUCAUGGACCGUUUUAUAGUGAACUAACCAAUGCCAUGAACAGUAUAUACAGUACGUUUCUUCAUUCUCUUGUAAUGUCAUUUUACAACUGAUACCGAGGAGAUGGGGAAUCAUUUUCCCCUUUUACUACACUAGAAUAUACAGUUGAAGCAUGCAAGCCUGCCAAUCCACAGAUUCAUAUUUCCUACAAUCAUGUUUUCCUUCAUCCUCAAUUUAUGUAUUUUGAAAUGACUUUUGGUAUCCCGUUCAGCUUAGUUUUUCUAAAUCGAAUGUGUUUAAUAACUUAUUAAUUUUGUUGACAGCGGUAUUUUUAAAGCUAUUUUAAAAAGUAAAAAAAAAACUUAAUGGAGAGAACUGUGGAGCUUCGACGUUCAAA